CUAUUUCCCACUUCUACAUUAUGGAAUGCCAGUCUAAAGAAGAUAGAAUUCAAUUGGCAUUGAAUGCUUUCAAAAAUGGUCAAUUUAAAACAAAAAAGUCAGCUUCUUUAGCUUUUGAUGUUCCUGAAACAACCCUCCGGCGCCGCAUACAAGGCAUAGCUUCACGCGCUGAGAAGCCUGCCAAUGGCCAGAAAUUAUCAAUUACAGAGGAAUCAACACUCUCAACAUGGAUCCUAGAUAUGGAUAAGCGUGGUCUGCCCUUACAAUUAUCAACUGUUCGCCAUCUAGCUCAGCUUCUGCUCUCUGCCCGCCUGCCAUCCUCUCAACCAACCACUAUUGGAGAACACUGGGUUAACCGCUAUAUCCAACGCCACCCAGAACUGAAGUCAAAUACACCCGGAAAUAUGAUUAUCAACGUGCUAGAUGUGAGGAUCCUUAGCUUAUUCAAGCCUGGUUUACAUGUACUGGCUUUCAAAUGGGUGUGGCUUCAAGCCUUCAACUGCUAAAGUUGUCUGUGGAUCUGAGACAAGACAAAGUCAUGCAAAAGCUCUCCAGCCUGGAAAUAGAGAGUGGGUGACUGCAAUUGUUACUGUAAAUGCAGUAGGAUGGGUUUUACCUGCCCAAAUCAUCUUUGCUGCAGUCAAGCAUCAGUCUCUAUGGUAUCAUGAGUUACCAGAAGAGUAUGUUAUCAGUGUCAGCAAUAAUGGUUGGACAACAGAUCAGCUAGGAGUUGAAUGGCUUCAAAAACUAUUUGAGCCAAAUACAGCUUCACAGACUAUUGGGAGGUAUAGGCUAUUAAUUAUGGAUGGGCAUGGGCCGCAUGGCAGCCAUGCUACUGCAGAGUUUGAUAGAUUCUGCAUGGAGAAGAAGAUUAUCCCAUUAUAUAUGCCUCCUCAUUCCUCCCAUCUCCUUCAGCCAUUAGAUGUGUCAUGCUUUUCACCUCUAAAGCGUCUAUAUGGCCAGAAAGUACAGGAGCAAAUACAAAAGGGAAUCUACUCAGUUGGGAAAGAAGAUUUUAUCCACAUCUAUCCAGCAGUCCAUCAACAGUCUUUAUCUUCAUUGAAUAUCCAGUGGCUUUGCAGCAACUGGCUUGGUUCCUUUUACUCCAGAGAGAGUUCUCUCAAAGAUUCAAAAGACACCAACACCACCUUCCACAUCUCACAGCAAUCAAUCCUUUGGUGUAGGAGUAACACCAGACAAUCUAUAUCAACUGGAACAGCAGAAGAAGAAGAUUGAGUUGCUCAAGGGUGUUACAUCACCAUCUGUGGUGGAUGGGGCUAUGAGGAAGGUGAUCAAGGGUGCAGAGAUGACCAUGCAGAAUGCUCUUCUAUUACAGCAAGAAAUCCAUCAGCUUCAAUCAGAGAAUCAAUAUAGAAAGAGAAGGAAGGAAAGGACCAAGCACUUU